GCAGCUAGCUUUUCUUUUGAAGUAAACGUAAAAGCGUCUGUAUUACCUGUAUACAUUUUCUUGUAAAGGUUUUAUUCAACACCAUGUACACUGGCCACUGGGGAAAUAUAUGUUUUCAAAUCCCCUUCUGAAAGCCUCAUCCACACACGCAAAUUAGUUUUCCUUAGUAGAAUAUCUCCGUAACAAUAAAGGAAAGUAGCUCCGCCCCUAGCUGUUGCUGGUUUCCGGUCCAGAUUGUGAGAUUCCUGGCUCUUUACUUUCUAAUUUUGAACACUAAUAUUUUAUCAGAUGAAAAGCCCUGGGCACGCUCUUUAAUUCACGGCAUUGUAAUGUCAUGGCGACUUCAGCUGCACCGGUGAAGCCAAAGGCUCUGUUCCUCCUGCAGGUCGGUGGUGGAGGCCACCGAGGUGGACCUGAACAUGCGAGUGGGUCUGCACACAGGCCGGGUGCUCUGCGGCGUGCUGGGCCUGAGGAAGUGGCAGUACGACGUGUGGUCCAACGAUGUGACGCUGGCCAACAUGAUGGAGGCGGGCGGUCUGCCUGGCAAGGUGCACAUCACCAGAACCACGCUGGAGUGCCUGAACGGAGACUACGAGGUAGAGCCAGGCCUCGGAAACGAGCGCCAUGCCUUCCUCCAGAAACACCACAUUGAGACCUUCUUCAUCGUUCCUUCUCACAGGCGCAAGAUCUUUCCAGGUCUGAUCCUGUCCGACAUUAAGCCAGCCAAAAGGAUGAAGUUCAAGACGGUGUGUUACCUGCUGGUGCAGCUCAUGCACUGCAGGAAGAUGUUCAAGGCGGAGAUCCCCUUUUCCAACGCCAUGACGUGUGAUGACGACGACAAGCGGCGGGCGAUGCGCACAGCGUCGGAGAAGCUGAGGAGCCGGACGUCCAUCUCGGCCUGCCCCGUGCAGCCCGCCCCGGGCUCCCGGGUCAACCGCUUCAUCGGACGGCUCAUCGAGGCCCGGCAGACGGACUCGGAUACCCUGGAGCUCAGAUACCUGACGCUGGAGUACCGGAACCCGGACCGGGAACGACGGUAUCACCAGGUGUCCGACGACCAUUUCGUCAGCGCCGUGGUCCUGUCUCUGGUGCUCUCCACUCUGUUCGGCCUCAUCUAUCUACUCAUGGUGCCACAGGGGAUGCUGGUCCUGCUGUUGCUGCUGCUGUGUGUGUGUUUCCAUGUGACCUGUGUGAUGUACCUGCACCUGACCAGUAUUCAGUGUCAGCCUGGCUGCCUCACCAUCCAGAUCCGCACGGUGGUCUGCGUCUUCCUGGUCCUACUCACCUUCUCCAUAACCCAGGCCUGUGUGGUGGUCUGCGUCCCUUGGCUAAGGGGGAGCGUCAACCUGACCUCGUCCUUUGAGUUCUUUGCCACGGACGCGACACUCCUGGGCUCGUGGAACGGUACUGCGGUGGAAGGGGCGUGUCCCAACGUUCCGUACACCCUCUUGUCCUGUGUGGCCGCCAGCCUCACCAUCGUCCCUUACCUCCGGGUCUCCUCGGUACCCAAGAUCGUCUUGCUCCUCCUACUCUCCACCAGCUACACAGUUGUCAUGGAGACUAGCGGCUAUCGGCAAGCCGUGGGGGGAGGCUUUCUUCACACCAGGGGCUAUGAUCCAGUUCUCGCUGUCCUGCUGUUUACUGGAGCUCUGACAUUACACUCCCGGCAGCUGGAUCUGAAGCUACGACUGGACUAUCUCUGGGUCACUCAGGCUGAGGAGGAGCGGGGAGACAUGGAGAAGGUGAAACUGGACAACAAGAGGAUCCUGUUCAACCUGCUGCCGGCCCACGUGGCCCAGCACUUCCUCAUGUCCAACCCCAGGAACAUGGACCUGUACUACCAGUCGUACGCGCAAGUCGGCGUGCUGUUUGCGUCCAUCGCCAACUUCAACGAUUUCUACAUCGAGCUGGACGGCAACAACAUGGGAGUGGAGUGUCUCCGCCUGCUCAACGAGAUUAUAGCUGACUUUGAUGAGCUGAUGGAUAAAGAGUGCUACAGGGACAUCGAGAAAAUCAAGACGAUCGGCAGCACCUACAUGGCCGCCGUGGGGCUGGUUCCUACCACCGGCGCCAAGGCUAAGAAGUCCAUCGCGUCACACCUGUGCACUGUGUCAGACUUCGCCAUCGAGAUGUUUGACGUCCUGGAUGCCAUCAACUACCAGUCCUACAACGACUUUGUCCUGAGAGUAGGUAUCAACGCGGGCCCGGUGGUGGCGGGCGUGAUCGGAGCCAGAAGACCACAGUACGACAUCUGGGGGAACACGGUCAAUGUGGCCAGCCGCAUGGACAGCACCGGAGUCCAGGGCAAGAUACAGGUGACAGAGGACGUGUACCGCAUCCUCACGGAUCACUAUGACUUUGUGUGCCGAGGACAGGUCAGCGUGAAGGGCAAGGGUCAGAUGCUUACCUACUUCCUGGAAGGGCGGAGCCAAAGGAGAGGAGUGUCCGGGAGCCAGCCACCGCGGCACGGCGAGCGGCGCUCAAGCCACUUCGCCCGCAGCAAUGUGUGCACCCGCUUGAGCCCCGCCCCCACGGUGGCCACCUACGCCGCCAUUAGGACGCCUAUCCCCGGCGCGGCCAUGCCAACCACCUCCACCAGCAGCACUCGAUACCUGCCCUCUGCACCCGCCGCAAAGGUGUGAUCCUCGCACGCAUGCGCACCUACGCCCACGCAGACUCUGUGACGGGGUUGUGGUGGGACGCUCGAAAGGAGAAGAAGAAGAAAGAGCCUUUGUCUAAAGGAGGCCUUGGUGCUAGGUGCUUGGUUCUUGGUUCUUGGUUCUUGGUUCUUCGGGCUGUGUCUCAUUAGCCUCGUGAGACCAUCCUGAUCUUGCGAGCUCCAUUGUAUUUAUUCGCAGAUCAGUCUGGUAACCUGCGAUGGAGAAAAUUUGUAGCCGGUCGCUAAAUGCCAAUCAGCGCUGUUUUUGAGGCGGGUUUAGGUGUGACGCAACGAGAAGCGACUGUUCAGUGUAAAAACAACACGGCGGCUUCCGUUGAUCUGAUUGGUUGAUUUGGCCAGUCUAUCCGCAACAUAGGUGGUGAAAGACAGAUGGUUUAUCUAAUCAGCUAACCAGUAUUUUCACCCCUUCCCAAAAGUUCUCCAACGGAAGGCUCCCACAUGGAUAUGCUGAGCAAAUGCGAAUCAAUCCAUCUGGCGGAGUCAGGUUAGUGUCUCAUACCAGGGCUGAGAAUCGCCCUCGAAAAUGUUCAGAUCUCUCCCCCCCCACCCAACCCACAGCGUUUCAGCACUGCCUGCCUGCAGGGGCGCAGCGUAGAUGUCUAGUAGUAGUAGUAUUUAAGACACCGCUCGGUCUGGGACCGUUUCAAAGGCCAUUGAUGUUCCCAGAGUUUCAGCAUGGACUCCCCUGUAUGCAGAAACACAAUACUACACAGUAUUGAAGGUGUAGCAUAUUAUUGUCAAUAUUCUCAGUGUCAAACCAAAUCAGUGCUGAUGCCUUAUAGUGAUUUAAAAUGAGUUUUUUGCAGCGACAAAUACCCUUUCAAAUGAUUUCUGCAUUCAUUAAGAGAUGAGUCCAUUCUGAAAUGUAAUUAUGGCAUAUGUGUAUACCUGAGGAUGGGAAAUAGGCUAUCCACUUGCCAAGCCAACAGAGUAAUGCCUUUAAAAACGGGAUACCACAUUCCUAUAGAUCAAUAUCUAGUGGCACAUUCCUCUGGACUGUAAUGCCACAUGAGGUAGAAACCCUUUGACUCUCUGGGCCUGAUCAAUGGACCAUGAGUUAUAGAACCCGUUUGACUCUCUGGGCCUGGUCGAUGGUGAGCUAGAAACCCUUUGAGUCUCUGGGCCUGGUCGAUGGUGAGGUAGAAACCCUUUGAGUCUCUGGGCCUCGUUGAUGAUGAGGUACAAACUCUUUGGCUCUCUGGGCCUGGUCGAUGAUGAGGUGGCAACCUUUUGAAUCGUUUGGCCUGGCCAAUGGAUCAUGAGUUAGAAACCCCUUUGACUCUCUGUGCCUGGUCAAUGGACCAUAAGGUAGAACCUCUUUGACUCUCUGGGCCUGGUCGAUGGACCAUAAGAUAGAACCCCUUUGACUCUGGGCCUGGUUGAUGGAACAUGAGGUAUAAACACUUUGACUCUCUGGGCCUGGUCGAUGAUGAGGUAGAAACCCUUUGACUCUCUGGGCCUGGUCGAUGUUGAGGUAGAAACCCUUUGACUCUCUGGGCCUGGUCGAUGGACCAUGAGCUUGAUCCUCUUUGACUCUCUGGGCCUGGUCGAUGGACCAUGAGAUACAAACCCUUUGACUCUCUGGGCCUGGUCGAUGGACCAUGGAGGUAGUACCCAUUUGACUCUGGGCCUGGUUGAUGGACCAUGAGGUACAAACCCUUUGACUCUCAGGGCCUGGUCGAUGGACCAUGAGGUACAAACCCUUUGACUCUCUGGGCCUGGUCGAUGGACCAUGAGGUACAAACCCUUUGACUCUCUGGGCCUGGUCGAUGGACCAUGAGGUACAAACCCUUUGACUCUCUGGGCCUGGUCGAUGGACCAUGAGGUACAAACCCUUUGACUCUCUGGACCUGGUCGAUGGACGGCUCAGUGUCUUUAAGUGCAUGGUGCCAGUGUUGCAUAUCAGUCAUGUUUGCUGUUUGUUUUCCCUAUAAUGCGUGACUUUCGAGACUCUUCCUUGAUCCUAUGUCUAUGUGUAGCAAUAAAGCAAGUUUGUCUUCUAAACCAAACCACCCCUGCAUGCUGUAGCCAUCUGGAUAUCUUUUAACUGUGUAUGUAGCCUAUAGAGUGAGCGGCCAGAGCCAGUUUGUAUCUUUGUGAAAAUGAUUGCAUGGAAUUUGGAAAUUUAAUUUUUUUCUGUGGUGCGUGAAUAUCAAUCCUUCCUUUAUGAACUAAAAAAUAUCUGCCUGCUUGAUUGGAAAGACAUAUUUUUAUUGUUGCUAUACUUGUUAGAACAGUUUCUAUUUUUAUGAAAUCUUAUAAAUAAAUCUUAUUUCGGUGCAGAGAGACAAGAAAACUAAAUCAUUUAGAUAUAUCUAUAAAUAUAUAUCAAUAUCUAUAUCUACAUAGCUAUAUAUAUAUAUCGACAUAUACAAAUAUGAUAUGCAGACAUCUUUCUGAUUUGCAGACAAUAUAACCUCUUUGGGAUUACACAGAACACAAAGUAUAUAUUUGGUGGCUCAGCAUGGUACUAUUGGCUGACCUGUGACACUUAUGUCCUCGACGUUGGUGUGGCAUGCUUUGCCCAGACAGGGGCUCUCUCAUGCAUGACUAUGACACAGUCAGUGGAAGCACUGAAGACUUAAGGCUUCUUCGAACAGGUUUUCUUGCAUGUGCUUAAGGUAGCGGUCCUCUUGAAUGUAAGGUGCUUCUUUACCUUUCGUCUUCUCUAUGAGCUUUUUCUCGCUGGUCAGAUCCUCCAAAGGGAUAUUUCAGGAAUGAUUGACAGCAGGUUGGGAUUUUGCCUCCCGCUUGCCUUAGUCUUGACAACAGGUAGCUGGUUUUCAAAUGUGCCAACCUAUUUUCAAAAACAUAUCAAGGUUUAGUAUUGGGGCUGCAGUCCCAGGGACGGCUGACUGCAGUUGUUUUCUGUGAGUUUAUUUAAUGAAUGCCUGUAUUUUUCCGGUUUAAGCUGUCCCUGGAAAGAAAUGUUUUUGUAAUUGAAAUGGUGGCCAAUGUUGACUUUGGUAAGGCUUUUGAAAAGUGUAACCUGACCGGCAUUGUUUUGAGUGGAGUUGGUAUUCAAAUAUGUUUCAAGUUCAUAAUAGCCUUGGACUCAAUGUAUUAUCUUCUGUUUCAAAGAAAUGAAAAUGAACUUUAAUCAAAUUUUAUAUACUUGCUUUUAAAAGUCAGUGAUGUUAAUGGAAACAGGGUUGUGUACAAUAUUUUUCCUGUGAAUUUGAUAUUUUCAUACUGUAUGAUACGGGUUUAAAUUGUUAUAUGUAUCAAUAGAUAUUAUUGUAUAUUGUAUAUUGAGUUUUUCAGAGCUAUAUUAUGAAUGAUUAGAUAUUUGUCCAAAUCUUGAAUUCAGGGUGUAUUAAUGAAGAUGUUCUAUGUUGAUUGUACAUUUUGUUAAGAUAUUUUAUACUACGUGUUUGCACUGCUAUACUAUUGACGUCUGAUUAUGAAAUAAAGCAACAGGACAUGUGUCUUCUUGAACAA